AUGUCGAGUCCGACACCACCAGCAAAGAAGCUGAGGACAAGCACAGCUGCCCUCGAGGGGCACAUACACGAUCCUCUUCCAAAGUUCGAUAUGGACGAGAUCUAUGAUACCACACUUGUCAAGAUCAUCGUCGGCAAUGAGAAGUCCGGCAUCAAGACCUUCACAGUGCCGCGCGAGCAAGUCUGUGCGCACUCGAACUACCUCGCAGGCGCGUUGAAAAGAGACUUCAGAGAGGGCAAAGAGAAAACGGUCAAGCUCGAGGACUUCAACCCACGAUCUUUCGCCAUCUUCCUGACCUUCAUCAAUACCUGCAAGAUCGCUCUCUCCUGGCCGAGCACUGGCAUGACAUCCUUUAACCCUUAUGAGCCAACAACACGGGGAUUCGACAUGCUUUUCGGUUGCUAUUUCCUUGCAGAUUACAUCGGCGCUCGAGGGUUUCGACAGCGCAUCUUCGAAACAAUUCAGAUCAAGUUCAUCGAUCACGGAAGGAUGCCUUCGGGCGCCGAGAUUCGAGAAGCCUACGAAAAGACCCCAGAGAACUCCCAACUCCGCAGACUCAUCGUCGAUACCGCGGUUUCGCGUGACGUUCCGAGCUCGGACCCUGUCAGGUUCUAUGGCGAUGAGCCUCCUCCGAUGAAGUUCGUGGCAGAGAUGCAAUUGCGAGCCAGCAAGCACAUCUCCGCUUUGACGUGCUACCACUGUUCUCCUCACACUCCUUGCGACCAUGAAUGCGAGUCGAAAAAGCAUACGAGGGAGGACGCGAUUUCGGACGGGGUCUCGAUGUGGUGCGAUUAUCACGAGCAUGACACUGAAGAAGAGAAGGAGUUGUGUAAGUGGAGAGCUAGGGCCCUGCAGGAGCGUAUCGAUCAGGAGGCGAGAGACUACCAGGGAGAAGGAGACGACGAUGAUGAGGACUUAUAG